AUGCCGGGAAAGAUGAGGCCGGACUUUCUCAUCCAGAAGCGGAUCCAGAAGGACAACAAGUUCGCUGUUGCGGAGGAUUAUGCGUCCAAGAUGGCUGCAAUCUCGCAGGUCACCCACUGGUUUGAGGGCAAGCAGAAAUUUGACUUCGCGGAGACAGAGAAGCGUAGUUCUGAGUUCAUCAAGCAGGAGAUGAACUCCUGCAACGAGGAGCUGAAGAUCAGAAGACGAACUCGGCUCAGAAACCUUUAUGAGGCAGAGGCCGGGAGCCGAGAAUUUCUCUUCCAAUUCUUUGGUCUUUCUUCCUGUCCUGUGAGGAAGACUGAGGUGCAGGUGCAUCGAAGACAUUCGGUCGAAUUCUCCUGGGUGCCGGUCGUUUUGAAGUUUCCUGGAGCACAAACGGGCUUGCUUGAGACCGUCGCGACGCGACACCUGCAUUCGGCGCUGUAUCCAGUGCUUCUGAUGUGA